AUGUCAUACAGAGACUGUGAUAUGGGGAUACUCAAUGUGAUGCUCAACGUGGUCAAUAUACUGAACAUAAAACCUGAAGACAAUGAACAACAGGUGACGACCGAAUGUGAGAUUGUUGAUGACAGGAUAAUUGGGUCUUUGGACAGAAGGGCCAAGAAGUUAGAACGCUCAAGUCUGGCUGCCGUUUUACCAUUUCUGAAGAAAUGUCAUAAUGCAAGUUCAGGACCUCCACGAUUGUUUGCAUUUGUUAAAACGCACAAAACUGGAAAUGAAUCAAGACCAGUGGUAGAGAAGUUUGAAGAUGAUAAGCUGGUGGCAAAAGAUCCUCUUGUUGUAGUCAAGGAAGUACAAAAUAUUUCUUUAAUGGAAGAUGGAGUGGCGACCGUUUUAGAUUAUGAAAGCAUGUAUCCUUCAGUAAUGAUUGAAUCUUGUGUGGAGGCAUUAUUGGAUUUCAUGUACAACAACAACAACCUUCAGUUGCUUAGUUACACCCAAGACCUAGAAGAAAUAGCUAGCCUUGUAUGCUAUCAAUCUUGUUUUACUUUUUGUGGUCGAAUAUACAGGCAAAAAAGAGGGGUUCCGAUGGAAAGUCCCCUCUCUGGAAUUCUUUGCGAGUUAGUAGUUAGAAGAUUAGAAAGAGGAGUUCUACACAAUUUUAAAGAAGAUAUCAUACAUUUCUGUAGAUAUGUGGAUGACAUUUUUAUCUUAUGGAGAAAUAAUAGUAGGAUACAUGAAUUUUUUAAUAGAAUCAAUGAUAACAAGGAUGGUCUUAAGUUAAAAUUAGAACAAAAAAGUUCCUUGAUUGCGCCCUUCUUGGACAUUAAUAUCAGGUUCAUGGCAGAUUAUUUGUCCACCAGCGUGUAUAUUAAACCUAUUCACACCCCACUAUAA